GACUGGCAACUCUUUUCCUCCUCACGACGGCAUGGUGUCAAAAACUAAUGUUUAUGAUUUGUAUUGAUAAAUCAAAUUCAGUCUUAUUUUCAAUAACAGUUAUUACAUCCGAGAAAAAAUAAUUUUAAUAGCAAGCUAAUAUGGAUUGCAACAAUAAUCAAUCUACAAAUGAAGGAGCUUGGUCUGUCCCUACAACCAAAAAAAGAAAACAGCAGAGCAGCAUGGAAGUUGACAGUGCGAAAGCUGAUAGGCCAUAUUUUCCACCAGCUAAGAGAGCUUUAUUGGCUGGCAGUGAAGAAAUGCGAAAAAUUCCUGUUCCUCAAAACCGAUAUGGGCCAUUGAAAGAAAACUGGAUGAAAAUCUUCACUACCGUUGUUCAGCAUUUGAAUCUAAAUAUAAGAUUCAACCUAAAAACGAGAAUGGUUGAAAUUCGGAGCUGUAAAGAAACAAAAGAUAUAGCUUCAUUGCAGAAAGCAACAGAUUUCAUACAAGCCUUUACUUUGGGAUUUGAAGUUGAAGAUGCUAUGGCAUUGGUUCGUUUAGAUGAGUUAUUUCUUGAAUCUUUCGACAUUAAAGAUGUUAAAACAUUACACGGAGAUCAUAUGUCAAGAGCAAUUGGUAGAAUUGUAGGAAAAGGAGGAAAAACAAAAUAUACAAUUGAAAAUGCUACUAAAACAAGAAUAGUUGUUGCAGAUAGCAAAAUUCAUAUUUUGGGAUCUUAUCAGAAUAUAAGAGCAGCAAGGACAACAAUAUGCAAUCUUAUAUUGGGAAGUGCUCCUUCAAAAGUAUAUGGAACUAUGCGCCACUUAUCAAGUCGACUAGCAGAAUCAAUAUAGCAUUUAAUAUGAAUCAUAAAACAUUUUGUGCAUAAAUAAAUUAUUGAAAAAUGUUUUUAAACAAUAUUUCUUUUAUGCAGUGCACAAAUUCAUAAAGAAAUUUACUUGUUAUUGAAAACUAUGACUAUUAU